GGCAGUACAAUUACAAACAAGCUGAGACUGGUGGCAGUAACGCCAGCAGUAAUUUGUGCGGUUGUGAUUUUUCGAAGUUCGUUUUUCAUCUGACAUGCCUGAUUAGCCUACUCUUUCUGAUGUAGGCUAAAACAAAUGUGUGUGUCUACAGUUACUUUCAGCCCAGCACGACGUGUUGUUUUGCUGUGUUAAACUCCGACAAUGACGAGUAACGUUACAUGAUUGAUAAUUCAGACUAACGUUUACCUGAUUGAUAUGAUGAUGGCCAGUCAUCUGAUGAAAUACAUGUAGGCCUGAGCCCUAGGCCUGCAUACAUAUAAUUUAGUGUACUAGUGGUGUACAUGUAUGAUGUAGGUUCCUAGCUAGCUGAUAAUUUGUGAUAAGAGGUUAGGCAUACAUGUACUUCGUGAAAACAGGUGUCUUAUUUACAACCCAGUGAUUAAGGAAAGAAAUCAUCAUUGGACACGCUACACUUUCCAAGCAGGCUUUUACUGGCCACGAACACGUAGGCCCAGCCUUCAGCGAUGCCAAUAGCAUGAACGGGUCCCCAGCUGUGCGUAGGAAUCGGACUGCAUAUGAUUACCUGCUGAAGUUUCUCCUUGUGGGCGACAGUGAUGUAGGCAAGGGAGAGAUCUUGGGCCGACUGGAUGACAGUGCCAAUGACAUAACAUUUGGAACUUACACUAGUGUGAAUGGAGUUGAGCACAAGAUCACUACAAUACUGUUGGAUGGGAAGAGAGUGCGAUUAGAGUUGUGGGAUACUUCAGGCCAGGGCAGGUUUUGCACGAUUCUCCGUUCCUAUUCCAGGGGAGCCCAGGGUAUUCUGCUUGUCUAUGACAUCACUAGUCGGUGGUCAUUUGAUGGCAUUGACAGAUGGAUCAAAGAGAUUGAUGAGACCAACAGGAGUCACUCAGCAGUCAUGAUCGCGGUGUUGAGGUUCAAAGCUGAGACUUUUGAUUACCACGCUAACAGUCCGCUCUUCCAGCACACAGGCUGGUUGGAACUGGGGUUAGCCAACGAUGACACAGAGGGGACUAAGCCUGCACCUCCAGCAACUCCCCAGACCCUGAUCCGCUACCCUCAAAACCUUGUCUGCAUCCACCCCUUGCAAGCCAGUCUGCCCACAGCAGCUACAUUAUUCCUUCUUGCACUGAGAAACAAGCAAGAGGCACUGGAGUCUGAGAUAGAUGCUGUCCUUCAGAAGCAAGCCAUCAGUCCCGUCCCCAUGGCAUGUGGGAACAAGGGUUUUAUCUCCAUGUUCUUCCUCACUCCAGAGAAAGAACCAUGCAAGUUUAUCCACCCGAAGAAAAUCCGCAUGGAGAUGCUCCGGACA